AUGGAGGGGAAGUUCGAGGACAUGGACUCGGAGCUGGGUCUACUGCUGGCGCAGGACACCCAUACCUGCGGGCCCCUGAAGUUUGCGCCGCGAGGCUGGGGCGCCGGCCUGCGGCGGGGCCUGGGGGAGCCGGCGGAGGGCCUGCCGCGGCGCGCGGAAGUCCCGGCGCUCCUAGAGGCCAAGCGCCGUUUGCAGAGCGACCAGCCGCCACAGCCGCAGCCGCAGGGCGUCCGCGCCUGGCGCCCGCACAAAACGCCGCCGCAUCGAUUGAGCCCCAAGCGGACGGUCCACGAGUGGGCGGAUGCUGCGCUCGCGCUGCAGCUGCAGCUGGAGGCCAACGAGAGCGAAGACGAUGAGCCGAGACCUGUGAGCUCUCAUGAGUCUCCGCGCGAAGUUGAGGCCGAGGCCGCCGAGACUGCUGAGGCUGCCGAGGCCGUGGAGGCCGUGGAGGCCGUGGAGGCUGCGGAGGCUGCGGAGGCAGAGGAAACGACGGAGGCGGAGGUGGAUGAUGCGUCGCUGGCGCUGGCGUUGUGGCUGGAGGAAGAGUUGCUGGCGCCGCCGGAACGCCCGGAGCCGCCGGGGCCGCCGGAGGUGCCACCAGGCGGUCAUCGCGCAGAAGCGCGGCACCGGGCCCGUGCCCGGCGCGAGGUCGCGAGUCGGCCGGAGCUCAGCCCACGCAUUCCGCGGUGGCGGGUGAGGGAAGAGAGCCCCUUGAGCGGCAGCGACGAAGAGUUCUACCUCCGUCUCUGGGGGUUGGACACCAGCGACAGGCGCCCGCCGGCCCCGUCGCGGGUUCCGCCACGGUCGCCAAGAGAGCCGCGGGAGCUGCGGGAGUGGCGGCCAAUACCAAGGACACGCGGCCAAGGCCCGCCGCCAACGCCUGCGCCGGGGCCGCGGCCGCGGCGCAGUGCUUCACCGCGGCGACCUUCGCCACAGAGAGAGGUCCCCAACGUGGGCGAUCAGGUGGCUGGCCACACGGCGGUCAUCUCGUUUACCCCUCAAGGCUCGGACGAGGAGCAAUGCACCAUUUGCUGCGAGAACUUCUCUCAGGGCGAGCGCUUGCGGCUUCUUCCCUGCUUGCACAGGUAUCACGUCGCCUGCAUUGACCGCUGGCUGAGCCACAGCCAAGCACCCAGCGAAGCCGGCGUUGAGCCAUGGAUGUGGAGCCGCCGCCGAGCUGCCGCGAGCGCCGCGAUGUUCCGCGCGCCGGGGCUGAACUCCGUGCUGAACGCCGCCAGCGCGGCGCGGCAGAUCUUGGCGCGGCGCAACGCCUUCGAAGAGGCGGUGACGCAGAGCCACCGAGGCGCCCUGGCGCUGAGGGACUUGUCCUCCCCUUGGCUCUGGCUGCUGGCCUGCCGCCGAGCGCAGAAGCGCCUGAAGCAGGCGGCCUCGGACAAGAACUCCAAGGACCUGCAACAGGCGCUGGAGAGGUGGAGCGAGCUCCUGCGAUUCAACCAGGUGCUGGCGAGCACCCGGGCGCUGCGGCCCAAGCUCUUGGCGGGACUGCUCUAUAGUGUGACCUGCAGCUCCUAUGCUAAGGCAGUCAACAGCGGUAUGGAGAACGGCAUGCUGAAACCGGGUGCCAGCGGCAUACCAUCUCAGAUGCUCUUGCAGAUCAAGCUGCAGGCUACGGAGAAGAAGCUCGUGGAAGACAUGGUGAAGAAGAAGAUGAAGUACGCACAGAGCGUCCAGCGAGGUCUGGGAGGGAAAGGCCACCUGGACCUCGGCGACGAGGAUCUCUUGGGCUUGACGGAGGACAUGAAGUCUGUUUGGGCCAGUCACUUCGGUUCAGCCGCCGUGUGGCGGAGCACCAAGUACCGAGUCCCCGUAGGCCUGGACGCGAUGAACAAGAUCAGCUCCUACUGCCAGAACCCGGGCACUCGGCGCCGCAUUUUCGAGGCCUUCUAUGCCAACUUCGACCAGGUGGAUGAGGCUGCGCUGGAAUUGCUGAGGGCGCGGAAGGUCUACGCGGAGAAGCUGGGCUUCAAGAGCUUUGCGGACCUUGAGAUGGCUCCACUGGCGCUGGGGAACGAGGCAGCUGCCCGGAAGUUCAUGGACCAGUGCUGGCAGGAUGCGCAGCCGGCUGUGAGCAAGGUGAUCAAGAAAAUGACGGAGUGGAGCCAGAAAGGCGCUGGGCGCAAGCAAGUCAGCCACGUGGACGAGGCCUUCUGGCGCGCCCUGGUCACACGAGAGGCCGACACGUGGAAGCUGGCCCAGUUCCUACCUGCCGACCGGUGCAUGCCCAAGCUGCUGGAGGUGGUGGGCAAGGCCUACUCCGUGACCUUUCGAGAGGCGGACUCUGCCAACGUGGUGUCCAGAUUGAUCAACGGCUGGCACCGAUCGGUGCAAGUCUUCGAGGUCACAGAUGGGCCGCCGUCCACGGUUCGGCAAGAGGGGAGCAGAGGCCUGCUCGGAUACGUCUACCUCGAUCUCUACCGAAGGACCAGCUUGAUCGGCCGGCCCUUGGUGGACCUCCCGGGCGCCAUGCGCCUCUGCCCGGGCCACGCCUACGUGGGCUGUAACUUGGAGAAGCCGGGCCUUAGCCAAAACAAGCUGCUGAACCCGGAGGAGCUGGUGAGCGUGUCCCACGAGCUGGGACAUGCGGUGCACAUCCUUUGCCACCAAGGCGCCCCCGGAGAUUUCGAUGAGCUUCCUCUUGAUGUACUGGAGCUGCCUUCCACACUGGCCGAGACCAUUGCCAUCCAGCCGGAAUGCAUGACACAGUACGCGCAGCACUGGGAGUCCUCCAGUUUGCCGCGGGGCGACCUGCUCCGCUCUUGCCAGAGGGACGCGCACUUCUUCAUCAGGGUACUGCAGACUGCGAGCGUCUCGCUGGGACUGCAUUCACAGGACUUUGAUCCGUUCGGGGCCACCGCGGCGGAUGUGCGGAAGCGCUCGGUGUCCAUGUGGCAGCGCUACUCGGCCAUCCCGGCGGAUCCGUCUUUCACGCCUCUGGGCCCCGAUGCGGGCAUCAACGUGGGCAACGGCGCCAACCACGUGGCAUACCUCCUGUGCUACUUGCGUGUGGCUAGCAUGCUGCAGAGCAAGAGCAGGAGCCCGGGGCGCGACAAAUGGCUGCAGCCAGACUUCGCAAGGCGACUCAGAGCUCAGCUGCUUGACCAACACUUCCCUGCGGAUCGCAUGGCCGUGAUCUUCCCCACCCUCGCCCAGUCCGAAGGCGAAAGCAAGCCGCACCCUUUGCCACCGCUGCCCAGCGACACCUCGCUUCUCUUCCGGCAAGUGGCGCAUUGA